AGCAAAGUCCAAGGACAGAGGGAAAAUGAAUACGGGUUCCCGAACAGGUAACAUUUCCUUGUUGAACAUCAGCUCUGUUGCCUUCCCAAGAGAGUUCUGGCCAUUCCCAGACAUGUACUACUGCUCUGCUUGUCUUUGAGACCAAGACGACAGCAUCGUUUUUUUCUGAGUUCAUAAAAAACUGGUGAAAUCCCCUCUGAUAUAUGGAGUUAAAGAGACAAGUCUCCACUGUGGCUGGCAACGGUUACCCUGGUGCCCAGCAAUCUCUGAGGUUACGGAGGGCUCUCUCCAGUGCAUCCAAUCAGAAUGGGCCCCAGUUCAACUGGGGAUCCCACCCCGAGGAGGGGGAGGAGGGGGGAGAGUCGGAGUCUCACCAGGAUCUCAGAGCCCUGCCGCUCCCCUUGGCCCUGAAGAGAGCCGUACGGGAGGUGCAGCAAAUGCGUGUCCCCGUGGUGACGAGCUGGGAGUCAUGGAAGCGUAGCAAGGGCCGGUCCCUGAACAGGCUCAGAGAGAAUGCCUCCGGAGGCCUGGCUUACAUAGCUCUGUGGCGGAAAGCUCUGCAGAAGAUAGGAGGUAACUUUGGCGGUGGUGUGCAGUCCUACUUCUUGUUCCUGCGGUUCCUUGUGAUUCUUAACUUCUUCUCCUUCCUGCUGAUUGGUGGCUUCGUCCUCGUGCCCAGCAUCGUGUUUAGAACCAUCGGCAACAGCACCUUCAACAACACUGGUCCUAAGGAGUGUUUGAUCUAUGACCCUAAUCCUCAAGGCUUGUUGGUGUUCUACAAUUACUUCCUGGACUUACUGUCUGGAACUGGUUUCAUGGAGUACUCCUACCUGUUCUACGGUUUCUAUGACAACACGGUGGCUGAGAGCAGUGGCUUCACCUACAACAUCCCCCUGGCCUACAUCCUCACUGCUGUCUUCUAUUUUGCUUUUUGCUUCAUCUGCAUCAUUGUACGCAUGGGGAGCGCGGCUCGCGUCGCCGUGGCAACGGUCGGGGGUGCCGCCGGCAGUUACAGCAAGCUGGUGUUCACCGGCUGGGACUAUGGUUGCCAGGGAGACCGGGCCACCAGACUGAAGCAGAACAACAUCCGGUAUCAGUUUCAGGUGGACCUGGAGGAGGAGAGGAGACUGAAGAAAGCAGCCUCUCUGACGUUAGGUCAAACCGUUUGGCUGUACACCCUUCGCACCGUUCUGAGCCUGAUCUGCCUGGGCCUCAUCGGUGCAGCCUUCACCGCCAUCGCAGAGGCCACUACAUUUAGCCAGAGCCAGACAGGGGUGUCAGGGAUCCAGGGCCUGUUAUGGGAAUACCUUCCCUCCAUAGUGAUGACCGCAGGAAACUUCCUAGUGCCUUUCCUCUGUGACCAGAUCGCCCUCCUGGAACGAUACUCCCCCAGCACUACCGUCAUAGUGGCUCUGCUCAGGUCAGUGUUUCUGCGUUUGGUCAGUCUGGGUGUACUCCUCUUCACUCUGUGGAAUCAGAUCACCUGCUAUCAACAGAAAGAGUUAUGCCAACUGUGCCAUUACAACUAUAAGGAAUAUCCGUGCUGGGAGACCCGAGUGGGACAGGAGAUGUACAAACUGGCCAUUUUUGACUUCCUCACCACCAUAGCUGUUCUCGUCCUGGUUGAGUUCCCUCGAAGGAUGGUGGUGGACCAAUGUUCCUGUAAGCUGACCCAGUGGGUAGGGAGGCAGGAGUUUCUGGUUCCUACCAAUGUGCUGGGUUUGGUCUACGGCCAAACAGUAGUGUGGACCGGAGCACUGUUUUGCCCCUUGUUGCCCCUUAUCAACACCCUCAAGUUUGUUAUCCUCUUCUACUGCAAGAAGAUCACUCUGUUCCAGAACUGCCGACCUGCCGUGAAGACCUUCCGCUCCACCACCUCCACUUUCUUCUUCCUGGUGGUGCUGCUGUUCGGCUGGAGCCUGGCCCUGGUAGCCAUGAUCUACAGUCUGGCUAAGAUCCAUCCCUCAUGGAGCUGCGGACCUUUCCGUUCUCUCUCCACCAUGUGGAUUAUCAUCCCCAACACCUUUGAUACACUUUCUCUAACCACCAGAGACUUCCUCUACUAUAUAGGCUCCCAGGCUUUCUCCAUCCCAUUCUUUAUCUUCUUUUGUGUUGCACUGUGCUAUGUAGCAGCCCUGGCCUCGGUUUAUGGGAAGAGUGUGGCUCUUCUAAGGGCACAGCUUAAACUGGAGGGGCGUGAUAAGCAGUUCCUCGUCAAGCAGAUUGAGGAGUUGAGUCUGAAAAUGGGGGUUCAAAGAGGUAGAACGGAUGACUAUGGUGUUGAUGCAACAUGGAACAAAAACUAAACUUCUAAAUGGCCACAUUCCAUAUUAACGUCGCCAAUUACAUUUUACGUGUGUCCCGAUCAUGUCACCACUUUGAUGGAAUUUAUUUUUGAUGCAAUGAAUAUUAUUGAAUGUCUUCUUUUUUCUUUCUUUUUUACCUAGAAAUCUCUUAAUAAAAAAAUAAUUAUGUAUUGCU